AUGAUGUGGACAGGUUUCCAGGGGGUGGCAAGGCUUGUCCGCCAAGAAGCUCUUCACAGAAGCCCCCAUAUCCUGCCCAGACUCCGCCUGGCCUCAGCGUUUGGAUCCUCCACAGAUUCCCUGGUUGCCAGAUUCUGCCCAGAGAAGACAGAUUUGAAGGAUUAUGCCCUACCCAAUGCCAGCUGGUGUCCAGAUAUGCUGAGCCUGUACCAAGAAUUUCUGGAGAAAACCAAAUCAGGCAGCUGGAUUAAGCUACCCUCCUUCAAGUCCAACAGAGACCAUAUUCAGGGCCUUAAGCUCCCAUUUGGGCUGAUAUCUGCCUCAGACAAACAGGACUGGCGCCUCUUUACCAGGUCCAUCCUACUGGAAGGACAAGGCUAUGAAUAUGUCAUCUUUUUCCACCCAUCUGAGAAGAAGUCAGUCUGUCUUUUCCAGCCCGGCCCCUACCUGGAGGGGGCACCAGGGUUUGCCCAUGGAGGGUCACUGGCAGCCUUGAUGGAUGAGACAUAUUCUAAAACUGCAUAUCUGGCUGGCGAAGGACUAUUCACACUAAGUCUCAACAUCAAGUUCAAAAACCUCAUCCCCGUGGGCUCCCUGGCUGUCCUGGACAUUCAAGUAGAGAAGAUUGAGGACCAGAAGCUCUACAUGUCCUGCAUCGCCCAGAGCAGAGACAAGCAGACAGUCUAUGCCAAGUCCUCCGGUGUUUUCCUUCAGCUGCAGCUGGAAGAACAGUCCCAGGAGCAGUGACUGUGCCUGACCUUAAUGACUUGGCAGCCACAUAACAGACAAGAGUCCCCAGGAACCAGGUGGCAGACGGGGGAGAAGGCAUUUUCCCACCCCAUAGUCAGUCCAAGAACCUUCUGUAGCUGGAACCAAAAUCAUCCAAAGGCCAGAGAUGGCUCAGCAGUUAAGAACACUGGCUGCUGCUUGAUGCCCAGUACCAACAUGAUGGUUCACAGCUAUCUGUAACUCCUGUCCCAGGGAAUCCAAUACCCUCUCCUGGCCUCCAUGGAGUACCGGGCAUGCAUGUGGUACCUUACA